AUGGCCAAAAGUCACAAUGCAUCAAACGGUGGAGUCGUGGUACAUAACAAAACUAAAAAAGAAUCUCCAUCAUCGGCAUCAAAAUCGGCCACAAGUUUUAUGCGUGCCUUUUGUAGAGAAACCUCCUUACCACAAGGGACUAGAAACGGCGCACAUUCGCCGAUAAAUCACACGACUCACCAAACACAGUGGGAUCAUCCAGUAUUGAUGACAAAAGCAUCUUCUCUUGUUCCGUCUUUUUGGACAUUUUUAUCGCCGGUAGAGCAAAAUUGCGUUAAAAAUUACUGGCUAGAUUUGAAGCCACACGAGCGUUCCUGGUUGGUAUCCGCCGAAAAAGCACAUGUUUUAACGCUUUUCUCACGGCACAAAACGCUUUCUUGUGGAUGUACAUUUUGCCAUCGUCGACGAGCAAUUGUUGAAGAGGAAAUAAUAGCGCUUUAUGAUGCAUAUGCAUUAGAGCUGGAAAGUUUCAGCACAAGCGUUGCACUCAGUAGAGGCCCCAAUCGCGAAUCUCAACCGACGCUCUCGGAGCUUUUUAUGACUUAUGAGGAUGUUCUUGAUGAUGAAUAUUUAGUUUGUGAACAGGAGAGCGAAGAAAAUGGCGAUGUAUAUCCACUAGAUGAUGAGGAUGAUCAGUUCAUUGAGGAAUUGGAUGUGGAAGAUGAAAGUGAUACCUUUAUUACCGAAGCGAGGUCCGCCUCAUCUUACAGGAACAGCCAUUUUUUCCCUACAGACGGACCGUCACGAGAAAUUGCUUUUCGGUCUGCACUUAUGUCAAUAGCAGGAGAUUUGCUUCAAAAUGAUGGCCGUAGAUUUGUUGGGCUAUUUGAAAAGCUUGCUGAACGGCGGAUCCGUUUCGAGAAGGGGCCAGAGAAUCCGCAUCGAGCCACUCAAAAUAAUACCAUUUUUACACCCAUUGAUCUUCCAUACCAUCCACAAGAUAGCGAUGACAUUAAGACCAAGGAGCCCUUUAUAUGUUCUCCUGAAAUUGACAGUAAUGCUACUGCGGCAGCGGUAGCAAAUGCAGCGGCCUCUUCUUUCCUAUGUCACCGUCACCUUCAAAAUCCUCCCAAAGCACAACGGCCCGCUGUUAAUGAAUACGCAAGCCUUAAUGGUGACGGUGAUGAUGAUGAUUCGGAAUAUGACACAGAGUCAGAAGAGGAAGCUGGAUAUUUAAAUCGGUACACUCAGCGUCAACCCCAUUUACGUGAAGGACCGUUUCAGGGUUCUUUUGAGGAAAACCAAAUUGAAGAAGGCCGGCGGAUAUUUCAAGUAAUCGCUGCCAAAGCCUUUGAACAGAAAGCUGUUGUUGCUUUUAAAGAAAUGUCUGCAAUGGCUCGCCUACGUGCACUUGCUUUAGAGGAACAAACCGAGGCUUCUGAGCGUGAAGCAAAGGCCCAGGCUCAGAGGCUAGCAAGGCAGAAGAAAAGGCAGGCUAAGAAGAAAAAAAAGAAAGGCGGAAAUAUCUUACCGACAAAUCCUUCUGAAACAGAGACCUUUGAUGACCAAAGCAUGAUUGAGUCUUUAGUUGAAGCUCCAAUUGAAAAUGUACCUGCUGAUGAAAAACAAGAAUUGACUAAUUUUCAAACAGAUACUGAUUCUCGGCAUAGAGAUGAUUCAUAUGGCGAAUACAGAGAAUCGCCUCCUCUUGAAAGGGAGAGCAAAGAUUCAAUACCUACAAGUGGUAGUAGCUCUUUUACGGCCAACACCGAAAAGGCAACGGCAAAGAAAACACAACUAGCAUACUCGGAGCAAAUUAUUGGACCGGAUUCUGAAUGGAAAAAAAAACUCCCAAAAAAGCCUUCCUCUGGUGAAAUAGAUUCUAAAUCAUCUCUAAAGGCAAAAAAGAACCGUGACCCAAACAAUGCGUCUUCCAGUAAAAAUGUUACCUCCACUAAAGACACAGCCCCCAAUGUACGGAACAACAGGAACACCAAAAAGGCAGAAAAAGCGCCCGACUCAGCAAACAAUAGCAAACCCAUCCCCAAGUCGCUCUCUUGUCCCGCAGAUUUAAUCUCAUUUGCGAACAAAAGCCGGCCCGAAGCUAUAAUUAACGUCGAAGAAACACACACAAAAGAUCAGAAUGGAUCUAUAUGUGGCAGAAGUUCUUUACUUUAUGACGAUGCCUCGAUCCCUUCAGGGCAUCUUGACAUUGAUGAUAUACUUGGGUGGACACCUCCUCCAAUUUCCAAUCCACUAUUUAACAAUUCGGGGCAUUCACAGGUAUCAAUGCUGCCUUCCACAGCAUCAAUAUCGUUUUCCAGUGCAAAAUUUUUUCCACCUCCGCCAGGAUUUUCUCCACUUUCAUUGCCCAACGUUGGUUUAAAGAAAAACGAACCGGUUAUUUUUCCUCCCUCCCAUCUAUAG